ACAUAUGUAGAUGGACGCCGAGCUGAGCAGCCCGAGCAUGGCAUCAAUGUCCGUCUCUCUCUCUCCACACCCGCCCGUUUCGAGUCCCAACGGAUCCUUCCGCACAUCUCCCACCCUUCUCUUGGUCAGAAACCGCCCCUGCUCCUCCGUCCUCACACCCUGCUCUCUCUCUCUCUCUCUCUCCCUCUGCUUCUGAUCCUUCCUCCUCCACCCUUUAUUCUACUCCUCUUCUCUCUCCGGCGUAAAACAAUCGUGCUGUGAGAACGAUGGGAGAGAAAGAGAGUGAGGGAGCCAAGUAAUGGCAGGGGGGGAACCUUCUUUUCCUGACUCCCCCCUGUGCCUGCUGCAGCCCAUCAUUUGUCCCUGAUCCUUGUGCUUCGUUCCUGUUGCGCUUUUUUUUUCUUGGGCCAUCGGUGGACUGGAGCCGUCGCCGAAUCAGGAGACACUUCCCAUUUCUUACAAGGAAAGGGGCCGGGGUGGAGCCUCGCCAUCCGGCGAUCAUCCUCCUCCAGUCACAGCACAGGUUAGGUUGAAUAAUCCAAGCUUGAGAUGGAAGGUCAUGUAGCAAUGGAGUGGAAUGAUCCUAAUCCAGGCCCAGAAUCCUUGACGAGCUUCCAAACCGAAGCUGUUCGACCAGACACCGCAGGGGGCCACAGCAACGACGACGUUGAAGCUGGAUUUGAGAAGCAUGGCUUGGCAGUCACCGUAAGGCCGCCUGAGGAGGAAGCUCGGUCAGUGCCACUAACCCCACAGCUUGGCCAGAAGUCCAGUCCUGGCAGCAGCCUCGCGGAGAGGAUGCAGGCAAGAGCUGGAUUCAUGGUGUCGAAGCUCAACAUGCCCUUCAGCACAGCAGCUGGAGCUGACAAUUCAGUACCCGAAGUUCCAUCGCCCUACCUCACGAUUCCGCCUGGCCUGAGCCCAGCAACGCUGCUGGAGUCACCAGUCUUCGUUUCUAAUUCCAUGGGCCAGGCCUCGCCAACCACGGGGACGCUAUUCAUGUUUGGUAGCACAAAUGACAAUGAUCCUAUUAGAUUUGGAGGUGGUCCUCCUUCAGUUGGAGAUGGCCCUAAUGCUUUUCCUUUCAAGCCCUUAGAUCUGAAAUCCUCACACUACACUGCUGAAGCAAUGAAGGAACAAAAUACGAAGUCUUCUGUCAAGACUGAAACCAAGAUUCUGACAGUACAAGAGGCUAGUUUGCUCAGCCAACUGAACCAGCUGAAUCACAAUUCGCAGACCAUUAUUAAUAGUGGCGGUCCUCAUGACCCCAAGCUCAGCCGUCCUGCAUCUGGCGCCGGUGCAGGCAAUGAACACAUAUCACCCCCGGAUCACGGACAGACAGCUGAGGAAAGUGAUGCGAGGGAAGACUACCCGGCAAUGGCUACUACCACGCCAGCAGAGGACGGGUACAGCUGGAGGAAGUACGGGCAGAAGCAGGUGAAGCACAGCGAGUACCCGCGUAGCUACUUCAAGUGCACGCAUCCCAACUGCCUGGUGAAGAAGAAGGUCGAGCGCUCGCACGAGGGGCACAUCACGGAGAUCAUCUACAAGGGCGCGCAUAACCACCCGAAGCCCACGCAGAGCCGCCGUCCAGGCGUCCAGCCCGUGCACCCGUUUGGCGACAGUGCGCAGGCGGACGCAGCCGACAACCUGGGGUCACAGGCAAACGCACUGGACGCCAACCAGCCGAGGCGUGCGGGUGUUCAGGAUGGCAUGGACGCGACGUCGUCGCCCUCAGUUCCCAUUGAGCGCUGUGACUCGCCGGCCUCGAUGCAGGUCGACUCGGCAACUCGGUUUGGGUCCCCCGAGGGCGCGGAUGUGACGUCUGUGUCCGACGAGGUGGGCGGGGACGACAGGGUGACUCGUGGCAGUAUGUCUCAGGGCGGUGCCGACGCGGAGGGUGACGAGCUGGAAUGUAAACGAAGGAAGCUGGAGUCGUACGCCAUCGAUAUGAGCACCGCGUCGAGAGCUGUUCGCGAGCCUCGCGUGGUGAUCCAGACGACGAGCGAGGUGGACAUCCUAGAUGACGGCUACCGCUGGCGCAAGUACGGGCAGAAGGUCGUCAAGGGCAACCCGAAUCCAAGGAGCUACUACAAGUGCACGUACCCGGGCUGCGUGGUGCGGAAGCACGUGGAGCGCGCGUCGCACGACCUCAAGUCCGUGAUCACCACGUACGAGGGCAGGCACAACCACGAGGUCCCCGCCGCCAGGAAUAGCGGCCACCCGGGCACCGCGGCGGCGACAGGCGCGGGUGGCCCGCGCAGGCUGGAGCACCCGUCGCUGCGCGACGGCCUGAUGGGGCACUUGGGCGGCUGCGGCGUGCCGUUCGGCCUGCCGCCGCCUAGGGAUCCGCUGGCGCCGAUGGGCAAUUACCCGACGUAUGCCUCCUCCAUUCCCCUUGGCGGCGCCGGCCCCACGUCACUGCCGAGCCUGCCGGUGCCGGCGGGGACCCUCAGCGCCGUCGAUGGGCUGAAGCUCCCGAUGCUGGCGCCGUCGUCCCUGCAGCAGCACCCGCUGCUGAGGCACCGGCAGGCGAUGCAGGCCGCUGGCCUCGUGGCGCCCAAGGACGACGUGAAGGUCGAGGGCAACGUUGCCGGCGGCGCUGCCCCGUCGGUGUACCAGCAGAUGAUGUGCAGCGGGCUGCGGUUGCGCCAGCAGAUGUAGAUACAUAAAUAAAUGUGGAGAGGAUUAGUGAUUCUCAAGUUAUUAGUUUCUUACCAGUCGUAUUAGGAUGAGUUCGUGAUAAUUGUUAUAACGUGGGAACAAACACCCGUUGCUUUCUGUUUUUUUUUUCACCCUUCCACUUCAUUUUUAGCUCAGCAACUAUUUAUUUAUUUACUGCCCCUCUUCAUUGAGGUUUGGUAUUCGUUGAGCGACAGGCA